AUGGCCGAUGUCAUGAUCCAGACCCCUCCGGUACUUCAAGGUCCAUCAGAGAAGGAGCGGAAAUACGACCGCCAACUCCGACUUUGGGCUGCCUCGGGUCAGGCUGCUCUUGAGUCAGCCAAUAUUCUCCUCGUCAACUCCGGUGCUGGUACCGUCGGCGUUGAGACUCUCAAGAAUCUUGUUCUGCCAGGUAUUGGCCGUUUCACCAUUGCCGACCAGAAUGCUGUAACUCAUCAAGAUUUGGGUGUUAAUUUCUUCGUAGAUGAUAGCUGGCUGGGCAAGUCUAGAGCUGAAGCUUGCACCAACUUUCUAUUGGAACUUAACCCUGAAGUACAGGGUGAAUGGUAUCCUAAAACCCAGGAUGAAUCUUUCCACCUAGAUCACUUUCUCAGUAGCUCGCCAACGUUCACCAUGAUCUUAUAUGCUCUUCCUUUGCCUCAAGAUCAGGUUCAGCUAAUUCGGGAUUAUUCUCACCAACAUAAAAUUCCUACAAUUGCAGUUCAUUCUGUUGGAUACUACUCCUACUUCAAGACCACAUUACCUGGCACAUUUCCUAUCGUUGACACCCAUCCCGAUGAGACCGCCACUACAGAUCUGCGACUUCUAGCCCCUUGGCCCGAACUCCUUGAGUUUUCCCAGAGCAUGACUGAAAACAUAGACAACCUCGAUAGCCAUGAGCAUGGCCACUUGCCUAUGGUCGUCAUUCUCCUUCAUUAUCUAGAGCAAUGGAAACAAGCUCAUGGCGGCGCUUACCCCACCAGCUACGUCGACAAGACCAUAUUCCGCAAAACUGUCUCGGAAGCCAUGAGGACAGACAACCCUGAGGGAGGUGAAGAGAAUUUUGAAGAGGCUAUAGCUGCUGUGAUGAAACACGUCGUAAAGCCCUCCCUUCCUAGUUCUCUUCGACAAGUCUUUGACCAUGUCCACCAAGACCCUGAGGAGAUCACGUCGGGUUUCUGGGUCACCACAGAGGCUGUGAAAAGAUUCUAUGACGAACAUGGCCGUUUACCUGUCCCUGGAGGACUGCCUGACAUGAAGGCUCAAUCCAAUGUGUACAUCAAGCUACAAAACAUCUACAAAGAACGGGCUCGCCAGGAUGUUGCUCAAGUUCUGGAAACCGCCCGAAGUCUUCCUGGCGGUCAGGACGUGGAUCCCGAGCAGGUGGAGCUCUUUUGCAAGAAUGCUUCUUUUAUCAAGCUCAUUAAUGCCCCUAGAGACACGACUACCAGUCUCGAUAAGCUUGUCGAACAAGAGCUAGCAAACGACGAGAUGUCAGCCUUUGCUGGGCCUGAGAUGCCUCUAUCCCUAGUCCCACUGUACCUCGCCCUAUUAGCAACAUCAAAUACCAAGACUGCUUCUGCAAAUGAGAUUAUGGGUUUCAUUGGCAAGGCCGCACCGAAGGCCACGGAAAACGAACGAUACAAGAAGACUGCCCAAGAGGUCGAGCGCGCGGCCGGCGGCGAGCUUCACAACAUAUCAGCCCUCACCGGCGGCAUGGUCGCUCAAGAGAUGAUCAAGAUCAUCACCAAGCAAUAUGUGCCCAUCGACAAUACUUGUAUCUUCGACGGUAUCGACAGCCGCUGUCAAGUCCUCCGCCUGUAA